GCCGCUUAUUCAGUCUGCUACAGGUCUCGAGCCCUGACUUCAACUAACUAUAAAACGAAUUAUUUAUUUUUAGUAUAAUCUACUGUUUUGCAUCUGUUAUAGAUGUGUUGGUGGUUGUUUAAUUUUUACGAAUAAGAUUUAUAGCGCAAUUUUACGUUGAGCACCCAAGACUGUAUGGUACCUGUCAUACGCGCUCUUCUUUAUUCAUUGCAAUUUCUAUAUUAAGAAGAAAAAAAAUCUUAACACACAUUUACAUCGUUUCUUUGAUAGAAACGGUGCUUGUGGUAGUAAUAAAAUGGGUUCAACUUUGCAUAUCACUUUUUUAACCCUGUCCUUAACCAACGUUGUGCUGUCGGAAUUGUUUCACUCGGAGGAGACCAUCCCCGUCAGAAACAGUGUGAAGACCAUCGGUCGGCUAUGGAAAAGGAGCGAGGAGGAACAGAGCUUCAGAUUGACAGCUUUCGGCCAGGACUUCACACUGAAUUUGACUCCGGAUGACUCGUUUGUUGCUCCAACGUUAACCAUUCAGCACAUACAAUCGAAACAUCUGGCUGCACUUUUCAACGGCACCAGAUCAGGACAUUUUACCGGUGGUAUCACCAAGACAGAAGGGAAUAGGGACGACCUUACCGGCUGCUUCUACUCAGGGAAUGUGGACACCGACCAGGAAUCUGCUGUCGUGGUGAGCCUGUGCCACGGGAUGCAAGGGUCCUUCAUAGCGCACGGGUAUGAGUAUCUAAUUAAACCCAAAGUUCUUGGCCAAGGUAAAAUAGAGAGAUCACUCUUGCAGGUGCACGUUAUAAAAAGGAGAGUUUUGACCGACGCACAAAAGAUUUCCAAGACUUUCCAAGCUUUUGAUCAGGUGAAGGAUAAGAGCCGUCUGGCCACAGAUGACGGCACUUCAUCUCCUGUUGAUGAUGCUGAGAGAGCGAAGGGACGGAAGCGACGGUUUGUCUCCUCUCCAAGAUAUAUCGAGACGCUGGUCGUAGCAGACGCUUCAAUGACACAUUUCUAUGGAGACGAAAUAAAGCAUUACCUGCUGACUCUCAUGGCAGUGGCGGCGCGGGUCUACCGCCACCCCAGUCUGAAGAACUCAGUGAGCCUGGUGGUUGUGAAGAUGCUGGUGGUGGAGGACGAAGACGUAGGGCCCCAGGUGUCCAGCAACGGAGGAAUGACCCUCAGGAACUUCUGUAACUGGCAGCAGCUCUUCAACCCCUCCAGCCAGAGGCACCUUGAACACUACGAUACAGCCAUCUUAUUCACCAGACAGGACAUCUGUGGUCAGAGGAGUUGUGACACCCUGGGGAUGGCUGACGUGGGCACCAUGUGUGACCCCAAGAGAAGCUGCUCUGUAAUAGAGGAUAACGGUCUGCAGGCGGCCUACACCGUGACACACGAGCUAGGUCAUGUACUCAGCAUGCCUCAUGACGACUCUAAUAACUGUAUCAGAUGGUUCGGACACCUGGACGGGCCCCACAUGAUGGCGUCUGUGUUCUUUAGCCUCAACAGGACCUUGCCAUGGUCGCCAUGUAGCGCCCGUUAUGUCACAGAGUUCUUCGACAAUGGAUAUGGUGACUGUCUGUUGGAUCCUCCAGAGCAGACUCUACCUCUCCCUGUUGAUCCCCCCGGUGUCUCCUACAACCUGGACCGUCAGUGCCAGCAGGCCUUCGGGGAGGAGUUCACCCUGUGCCCGGACACCCCAGAGGACCAGACUUGCAGCCAGCUGUGGUGCCGGGAGGAGGGCCAGCCACACUGCACCACCCGGAACGGCAGCCUGCCCUGGGCUGAUGGCACACUCUGCUGGGUUGGGGCUGGGGCUGGUGCUGGGGCCAACACCACCUGUCAGGGAGGUGUCUGUGCUGCAGUGACUGAUCAGCAGAAAAUAAAGGAGCCUGUGGACGGAGGCUGGAGUGUGUGGGGCCCCUGGGGGUUGUGCUCCAGGUCAUGUGGCGGAGGGGUGGAGUUUUCCCAGAGAGAAUGCACUGAUCCCAAGCCACAGAAUGGAGGAGCAUACUGUGUGGGACAGAGAGCCAAGUACCAGUCCUGUCACAUACAGGCCUGCCAAGAUGAGCAUGGUAAGAGCUUCAGAGAUGAGCAGUGUGAGAAGUACAACAGCGACCGAUACCUGGACAUCCAUGGGAACAUCAAGCAGUGGAUCCCCAAGUACAACGGUGUCUCACCAAGGGACAGGUGCAAACUGUUCUGCAGAGCAAGAGACAGCAAUGAAUUCAAAGUCUUCGAGGCCAAGGUUGUUGAUGGCACCACCUGUGGCCCAGACACCACCUCCAUCUGUGUCCAGGGACAGUGCGUCAAAGCUGGCUGCGACCAGGUGAUCGGCUCCAGUGUGAAGCUGGACAAAUGUGGCGUGUGUGGGGGUGAUGGAACAACCUGCAGGAAGAUCACUGGAUCGAUGAAUAAAGCCAUAUUUGGCUACAACAACAUUGUGACCAUUCCGGCCGGGGCCACCAACAUUGACAUCAAGCAAAAGAGCCACCGCGGGAUCAAACACGACGGCAACUACCUGGCCUUGAAGACAGAAGGUUCCUACAUCCUGAACGGGAAUUUCUCUGUGUCCAUAGCAGAGCAGGACAUCCCAGUCCUGGGUGCCGUACUCCGGUACAGUGGUUCCUCCACCACCCUGGAGAGGGUCCUGAGUUACCAGAAGCUCCGGCAGGCAGUCACUGUCCAACUCCUGUCCACAGCCGGAGACGCCUCUCCCCCUAGGGUCAAGUACACCUUUUUCCUCUCCAGGGAUGUCCCCUUCACCAAGCCUGGAGCUGAGGGUAAAGCUUCGCUACAUGCGAUUUUGCCACUAGGGGGCGCAGAGUGGGCUCUGGGGGAGUGGUCCGAGUGCUCCAAGAGCUGCGGCUCAGGUUGGUCGAGAAGGAACGUGGAGUGCCGGGACGGGGGGGCCACCUUGUCCUUCUCCUGUGAUGAGGACCUGCGGCCGGUAGACAUCCGGCCAUGUGGGGACCUGCCCUGCCCUGUCUGGCAGAUGGGUCCCUGGUCGGCAUGCUCGAGGACAUGUGGUGUGGGGGUGCGCCAUCGAAGCGUGCUGUGUAUUGACUACACCGGGAAGAUGGCAGAGCUAGGGAAAUGUAACCCCGCCAAGAGGCCAGAGGUGGUUUCUUCAGAGUGCAGCUACCAGGACUGCUGAGUCUGUGCUGAUAAAGCAGGAAGGGAAAGAGCAGUUGGUGGCAGUGGUGGGAUCCAAGGCUGAGGGAAGUAGUGUAGGAAGCUAGUUAGUUAGUCAACUAACCAAUACACAACCCUUUCCCAACCACCACGACCAUGCUUCAGAGACAAGCAGUGAAGCUAGAAUAAUCAAGAGUAGAUGGUUCACUAUAUCGACCAGAACCAAAACUGUGGCUUGGUUGUAGAAAAAUGUCUAAUUUGAUAGAUUCACUUAAUUCUUUCUAUGUUUAUUUCCUUGAUGAUGUCAUAGCUUCAAAACUACUAUUGACGGUUUGUUAUCCAACAGAGAUCUACCUCAAAGGAUGUAAUAAUCAACUAUCACUUCUUAACCUGAAGUUUCUGUUUGCAUCUAGCUUAACACAUUAUGAAAGGCACAUCUAACCUUUGCACAAAUGCUGCUGAUAUUCCGCUGGAGUGGUUUAAUACCGCUAUCAUUCAUUUUUGUCAAAAUACAUAAUCACAUCCCAGAUUAGUUCGCUCAGGGAUGGGCAACUGGUGGCCCAAGGGCCGCAUGUCCCCCUUUUGAAGGCCCUCAAAUCAAUUCAAAGUGUACUACCUAAUCAAAUCAAGUGACAUUCAAUAUUUUAGGGAGUAAAGUAAAACCUUUUUCAUUUGAAAGUCUUAUCUGAACAUCUGAAACCCCGUUCCAUUCUGUCUGUAUUUCUGGAACACUGGAGCAUGUUUUGGAUGUCAACUCUCUGGCCACAAAGAUAAACUCACACUAUCACAUUUCUCACAUAAAUCAGAGCUAUUUAAUUAAGUAGGGAAGUUUGAAACAAACCCACAUAACCUUUUCAAUUUGCUUGACUGUCUGUAGCUACAUCAACUGUAAUAGGGAAUUUGAGUUUAGGUUAAACAAAUGUAUAUUGAAAUAUGCAUAUUCAUGAUAGAAGUACUAGUGCUUCAAAAAUGUUUUAUCCACAGCUAGUUGGAAUGUUUUUGUGGCAUUCUUUUAAAACAAAUGUCUGUAAUGUUAAUAACAAGGAGAUAACAAUUAGAUUUUAUUUAUUUUUCUUAACUUUGUUUUAAUUUGUUUUCGUUAUUAUUUUUGGGAAUGCUGUAGAUAAACAUUUUAUGAGUUAUGUUUUUUCAUCAACUAAUGACAAGGAAAACAAUGGAGUAUCUGUAUCUAAUGUAAAACAUGUAUAUGAUGCUUCAUUUGAAAUGUGCUGUCCCAGAAAAUAUGGCAUUAUGAAAACUUAGCUGAAGAAUAAUACUUUUGAGCUCAACUGAAACGAGCAUAGCAGCUAUUAAAAUGGUGUAAAUGUACUUUAUGAUGCCACAACCUAGAUGCCAUUCAUUAAUUUGUGUUAAAUAGCAUGUAGAAUCACAGCUUCUUUUAGAAAUGAAAUAAGAAAUGAGAAGUAAUUUACGUACAGUUGAAGUCGGAAGUUUACAUACACCUUAGCCAAAUACAUUUAAACUCAG